AUGUCGGCCCCUCGGCCGUGCUUCAGCAACUUCCCGGAUUUCAAGCAAAACCCCGAUCUCCCAAUCAGCGUCGAGUUCAACCGACUUGCAUCCCACCGACGCUGGAAGAAAGGCUCGAGGACCUGGUGCAGGGUGUGGAACCUCUGCAUGAAUAUGGAGUAUGACAGAGUCAUAGGAAGCCAUCUGGCAGAGUUGGACGAUUGGCGCCGACUGUGCGAAGAGCUGGAUUUGCCAGGACCUUUCCCUUCCAUUCGGCAGUGUAAAAAGGCCUUGUCGAGAGUCUAUGUCAACAUUGUAGAUAUCAUCGAGUGUCGACAGCUCGGGCAGAAACCAAGAGAGUUCCAUACACUCAGGGCGCUGAUUGCGUAUACCCGGAACUCGGGCAAUUUUUUCGGCAGAGCUCAAGCUAAGCAGGACAAAUUGCUCAAGACCCUGUUGAGAAAGGUGUUGUGA